UGUAUUAAUGGUGGUACUGCGAGUUACUGAAACUGAUUUCAGCACAUACCCAAUAUCGCGAGCAACUAGCAUUCCCCUAAUCAUCUUUUACAAUUUUGGGCAAAAGCAAUAACCAGCAAACCGUUUAACUAGUUUAUUUGUAACCACCAAACGAUUCUACGUCAAUUAAGACCUCAGGGAAUGUUCUUACUUAAAAAUUAAUAUUUGUUCCAGAAAAACUAUUGAUUGUCAAACCUUUUAAUGAGACCACCAAUCACCACCAAUCGACCAUCAAACGAUUAGUACAGAAAAAAUUAAAAAAGUUAAAAGUGUCCGGCUAACUUAUUAGAGGUCACACAGGAAUACCAUCUUAGUUUCCAUCGUGCAGAGUUUAAACAGUUUAGCAGUGUCCAUUGGUCAAAUCCAUUCAACUCCUAUACGUGAUUGGUUAACUCUGUUAAACUCUGCACAGUGGAAACUAAGCCCAUAUCUGCUAUAAGUGGUUUGUGGAUUAAGUGAUAUACAUAUGUAUGUCUAAAACUGAUGACAUCCGAAGGACCGUGAAGUCUGAUGUGGAUUGAUGCGUGGCUGUCAGGAGAAACCAUAAAGUUGAAAGAUGAAUACAUUUGCUCGAAGUGACAGAUAAUAUAUUUUUAAGAGAAUGUGGUCAUUUUUCUCACGGGAUCCUACUAAGGAUUUUCCUUACGAAAUUGGAGAACCUGUAUCGGGACUUGAGGGAAAAAGUAUUUGGACUUUGCAUAGAGCUAAGAGAAAGGGAGCUACUGGCGGAGAGGAUGUUUCUGUGUUUGUGUUUGAUGUUAAAAAUGGUGGAGAAUUUCAGCUGGAAAUUGCACGAUCAGCAGUCAAAAGACUUAAAACUCUGAGACAUCCAAGUAUAUUGGCAUAUCUGGACAGUCUAGAGACGGAGAAAAUGGUGUAUCUAGCUACUGAAAGAGUAGAGCCAUUACAUAGUCGUUUGUCUAGAAAAAAUGAUACUGGAGAUGGUCAUCAAAAGGAUUUGUACUUUUCAUGGGGAAUAUUCCAAAUUACUAGGGCACUAAGUUUUUUAAAUAACGAUGGCAACUUGCGACACAACAAUGUCAAUCUAUGGUCUGUGUUUGUUAAUGAAGAAAGUGGAGAAUGGAAACUUGGCGGAGUGGAAUAUAUGACUGCAGCAGAUUCUCUAUACACUUUUUUACACCCAACACUGCAGAUGUAUCGUCCACCAGAAGCCAUGGAAAAUGCAAAACCACCAACUAAAUGCUCAAUUGACAUGUGGGGUCUGGGCUGCCUGAUUUGGGAAGCAUUCAAUGGACCGCUUACUGCCGCUGCAAAUCUUAAAGCUGUUGACAAAAUCCCAAAACAGUUGAUGACAGUAUACAGAGAACUGACGGGUUCCAAUCCGGAAGGCAGACGAAACCCCGCUGACGUUAUUGUUCGAUGUCGUAGUAACGGUGGAUUCUUUAAGAACGACCUCGUGGAUGCUCUACUCUUCCUGGAAGAAAUUCAGAUGAAAGAAAGGGGCGAAAAGGGCCGUUUCUUCUCACAACUCGCUAGUCAAUUGGAAACCUUUCCAGAAGGUGUAGGCAGGCACAAAAUUUUGCCACAAUUAUUAGCUGCUUUUGAAUUCGGUGACGCUGGAAGUGCAGUUUUACCGCCACUUUUACAACUUGGACGCCAAUUGCCUGAUGCUGAAUAUCAAAAACGCGUAGUUCCAUGCGUUGUUAAAUUAUUCGCAUCCAACGACAGAGCUACGAGACUACGGCUGUUGCAGCAGCUUGAUAGAUUUGUUAAUCAUUUACAGCCAACUACAGUUAAUGAAGCUAUUUUUCCACAGGUAGCGAAAGGAUUUUUAGAUACAAAUCCUGCUGUUCGGGAACAGACAAUAAAGUCAGUCGUUCAUUUGGCUCCAAAAUUAGAUUAUAACAAUCUCAAUGUUGAAACGUUGAGAUAUUUUGCCAGACUUCAAUCAAAAGACGAUCAAGGUGGAAUCCGCACCAAUACGACAGUCUGUCUAGGAAAAAUAGCUCAACACCUACAUCCUCAGAUAAGACAAAAGGUUCUAAUAGGCGCAUUUAUUCGUGGGACCAAAGACCCGUUUGCGCCUGCGCGCAGUGCAAGUGUCUUAGCCCUAGCAGCUACUCAGCAGUACUUUUUACUUCAAGAAGUUGCAAAUCGAAUAUUACCUGCUCUAUGUCCUCUUACUACAGAUAUCGAUAAAGGUGUAAGGGAUAAUGCAUUCCGUACGAUACGUGGAUUUCUUUCGAAACUCGAAAGAGUGUCAGAAGAUCCUGGUCUGCGUGAAUCUAUGGAGGCAGACGUAAACACUGCUACCCCAAGUCUCAGUAAUGCUGCUGCAACAUGGGCUGGUUGGGCAGUCACAGCUGUUACUGCAAAAUUUUAUCGAAGUCAAUCAGAUACUCCAAAAUCUUCUAAUCCUCAUAAUACGUCCAGAAUUUUACUUAGCAAGCCAGCUUCUUUGGAACAAGCUAGUAGUUCGCAGAGUAGUGCUAGUACAACUGCAACUACUAGUAGUGCCACGAGUAUGACUUCUUUGGAUCAUGAUCAUGAUCAUGAUACUCAAAACACUGGAAAUACUAAUUCUGAUUGUGACUGGGAUUGCUGGGAAGCGGAUAAUUGGGGAGAUAUGGAACAGCAACCCACAGGUCAAAGCACAACAGCAACCAGCAAUAUGUCACCAUCCUCUGUUCCUCCCAAGGCUAACGAUCAAUGGACAAGUUUGGAGGAAGAACCGGAAGAGGAAGCUGCUGAAAGUGUGAAAGAGAAAAACGAGGAGUCAGAAACUGGCUGGGAGGAUUCAGAGUUCCAGCCAUUGGAAGAUUUUCAACCACUGGAGCAAUCUGAAGCAAAUAAUAAAUUCGGCGAGGCUAGAAGGAAACGGGAAGAACGAAAACUUGCACGUCAACGGCAAAUGGAGGCUAAGAGAGCCGCCAAAUUACGAACCAGUGCUCCAGCUAAGAAGAUUUAAUGAAAUUAAUCAAAUACCGUUAUUGAGUGAUUAAUUAUACUAUUAUAUUAGAAUUAUUAUCUGCGACGAACUGAAGAAUAAACGUUUCACGUACCGUAAUACAAUAA